GGGAGCUGUGGUCGCGGGGAGAGGCGCCCGGCCCCGCCCCCGGCCCGAACCCGGAAGUGCGCGGGGGCGGAGGAGGUUCUAAGAUGGCGUCGCCUCCUCAGGGGGGCCCGAUGGCGAUCGCCAUGCGGCUGCGGAACCAGCUGCAGGCCGUCUACAAGAUGGACCCGCUGCGGAACGAGGAGGAGGUGAAGGUGAAGAUGAAGGAGCUGAACGAGCACAUCGUGUGCUGCCUGUGCGCCGGGUACUUCAUCGACGCCACCACCAUCACCGAGUGCCUGCACACCUUCUGCAAGAGCUGCAUCGUGAAGUACCUGCAGACCAGCAAGUACUGCCCCAUGUGCAACACCAAGAUCCACGAGACGCAGCCGCUGCUCAACCUGAAGCUGGACCGCGUCAUGCAGGACAUCGUCUACAAGCUGGUGCCCGGCCUGCAGGAGAGUGAAGAGAAGAGGAUCCGGGAGUUCUACCAGUCCCGCGGCCUCGACCGGGUGACGCAGCCCAGUGGCGAGGACACGGUGGGGGGUGACCCCAUGGGGCUGCCCUACAGCACCUUCGACCACUCCCGCGCCCACUACUUCCGCUACGACGAGCACGUCUCGCUCUGCCUGGAGAAGCAGAGCUCCAGCAAGGACAAGAGCAAGGCUGUUCUGCAGCAGAAGUACGUGAGGUGCUCCGUGCGGGCGCAGAUCCGGCACCUGAGGAGGGUCCUGUGCCACCGCCUGGGGCUGCCGCUGCAGCACGUGCAGAUCCUGUUCAACGGCGAGGCGCUGCCCGACCACAUGACCAUGAAGCAGCUCUGGCUCUCGCGCUGGUUUGGCAAGCCUGCACCGCUCCUGCUGCACUACAGCAUCAAGGACAAGAGGAGGUAGGGGCUGGG